GCCGAGUCCACUCAUACGUCUCCUGCCGACGCAGAUGUUGAGGAACUCAUGCGGUUCACGGCUGACUUAGAGCCCGUCAUUCGCGACCUGAUUCGGGACUACCGCGACGCUUUCCUCCCGUAUUUCUCAUACAGCGGGAUUUCCCCGAUGUGCGGUGUCGAGCAUUCCAUCCAGCUCGUGCCUGACUAUCAUGUUCACCAUCAGGCACCAUACCGACUCUCGAUUCCAGAGGCGACGGAACUCGAGCGUCAGCUUGAGGAGCUCCUUCGACUUGGUUUCAUUAAACCUAGUAACUCCCCUUGGGGUGCACCUGUCCUCUUUGCUCGCAAAGCGGACGGAACUCUCCGUCUUUGCAUCGAUUAUCGCGGCCUUAACCGUUACACGAUUAAGAACAACUAUCCCAUGCCCCGCGCGGAUAAGCUUUUUGACCGUCUGGCAGGCAACCGCUUCUUCACGAAGAUCGAUCUUCGUAGCGGUUACCACCAGAUCCGCGUUGCCGCAGAGGACCAGCCGAAGACCGCCUUUCGGUCGCGCUUCGGCCACCACGAGUUCACGGUGAUGCCAUUCGGCCUCACCAAUGCACCCACCACCUUCCAGACGGCGAUGAACGACAUCUUCAGGGACAUCCUUGAAGAAUACGUUAUCGUAUAUCUGGACGGCAUCCUGGUCUACAUUCGUACCUUAGAAGACCAUAUCAGACACCUCCGCGAUGUCCUACAGCGCUUACGCAAGCAUGGCUUCUAUGCCAAGCUCAGUAAGUGCCGCCUUGCCCAGCGCAAAGUGGACUUCCUAGGACACUAUGUGUCUGACCAGGGUCUCAACAUGGACGACGCGAAGAUCACUGCUAUUGCAAAGUGGCCCGUCCCCACAUCUGCCAAGCAGUUUCGCAGCUUUCUAUGCCUCAUCAGCUACUAUAGUAAUUUUAUCCAGGGAUACGCUAGGUAUUCCUACGUCCUUACCUCCACCCUCCUCUGGAAGAACCCACCGUGGUUUUGGACACCUCUCUGCGAGGACGCCUUCCGCGCYCUCAAGAAGGCGGUGACUUGCGCACCGGUUCUUCGCCUUCCCGAUUUUGAUCGUCCCUUUAUCGUCACCACCGAUGCGUCAGAUUUUGCAGUAGGAGCUGUCCUUUCUCAGGUGUUUCCCUCUCCUCCAGAUUCACCUUACCCCCAUGUUCCUCCUUCUCCCCCCCUCCUGCUGACACCGCUUCUCGACUGACGCCUAUCCUACCACCACUUCCCUCCACUGAUAGUCGUCCCAUUACUUACU